ACACUACUAUAUAACAAAUAAUUUGAGUAGGGAUGGGGGAAUGAAUAAUGCAAGUAUCUAAACAUGACGUCAAAAAACUACGACUAUCUUUUUAAGCUUCUUUUAAUCGGCGACAGCGGAGUGGGUAAAACAUGUCUCCUGUUUCGAUUCUCUGAUGAUGCUUUUAAUACAAGUUUUAUUGCCACUAUUGGUAUCGAUUUUAAAGUAAGGACAGUUGAUAUUGAUGGUCGGAAAAUAAAGCUCCAGAUAUGGGAUACAGCAGGCCAGGAGAGAUUCAGGACCAUAACCACGGCCUACUACCGAGGUGCGAUGGGUAUAUUCCUGGUGUACGACAUCUCAGAUGAGAAGACGUUUGACAACAUUAAAACCUGGAUGAGGAACAUAGAAGAUAAUGCAGCCCCCGAUGUUGAGAAAAUGAUACUUGGUAACAAGUGCGACAGAGAGGAAAAGAGACAGGUCUCCAAGGAAAAGGGCCAAGCGCUUGCCGUGCGACACGGUGUUAAAUUUUUUGAAUCAAGCGCACUUAGUGGCCUCAACGUAGAGGAAGCUUUCUUGACCAUGGCCGGAGAUAUCAAAAAGAAGACAGAAAAGAAGCUGGAAGCACCUGCAGUCCCCAAGGGUGAAAUCAACUUGAAUUCUGACCACCACAAGAAAAAAGGCUCUUGCAAAAUGUGCACGAGUUAAUCAUCUUUCAUAUAGAUUCAAAAAGUUCGUUAGUUUCAGUCCAAAACUGAUCUGCUCAUUUCAAGUUUUUAAUGAUAUGUUGAAUUUAACGCGUUAAUUCGUAGCUUAGCCUCCUUUUUACUGUAUUAUAGGAUUAUACGGAUAAUGAUUCCACAUAACUUAACGUGAUGAUUUAAUGGCGGUGGUAUGAUUAGUUUUACACAGCAGCUUGAAAUCCUUGAUUCGAUCAAAUUUAUUCCCCAUGUGAGGAUACCUGAUACACUUAGAACUGAUGGCUAAUUUCUUUUUAAAAGCGAUGUAUUGUAGGAUGUUUUUAAUUCGUGUUUCAUCUUUGAUGUAAUAACAUUUUCUACCAAAUGUAAGUUUGUGUAAUAUUGUAGGCUGCUAACGGCGCCAAGUUAUUUUUUCUUGGCUGAUUUAUUGCAAUGGUCGGUAACCAAUAAGUUCCUUUUUGGUAUAAAAUAAACCAGGAAUUUGGAUUGUGUUUAAAAGGAAUAUUCUAGUGCGUUUGCAGUUUACAAAUAUAUAUUUUUGUAGGUCUAACUGGUCAUUUGUUUAAAACUGUUUUUAUUUUCCAACAAUAACUUUAUAAAUAUCACCUCACCACGCUGGGUAAAUCUGGUUAAAUUGUGAUCAAUGAGAAUUUUAGAUUCAUAGUUAUAAUAAAAGCUCUUCCGGUUUGUUUGAAAUACUUAACAAAUUCCGUCAGAAGAUUUAGUGAUUUAUGGCACUGUUAUUUCCCGUCCUGGUAGAAUUGGCCGUUUUCAUGAGUUUUGACUUAUUAAACCCGAAAUGGGCCAGAUGUACCCAGAGAUUGUUCCUAAUGAUAAUAAAUAGCGGAUCGCGUAUAAUGGUUUAUAUUUUGAAUGAUAUCUUAAGUAUUGUUUCGAUAUAUUGAUGAUACAUGUUCAUUUGUACACUUAAA